AUUUAUCCUGUGAGGUAAUCUUACGCAAUGCUCCAAGCACAAGGUUUCCUUCAUUAAGCAGCUCGUAUUGUAGAAGUUAUCUGACGCCAUCAGUUGCGUUUACACAAGACCCUGCUAAAAGAUGGAUGAUGAUGACUUUGGAGGAUUUGAGGCAGCAGAGAGUUACGAGUUUGGAAACGGUGAAAAGCAGACCACAUCACCUGCUAUUGCUUGGGCAGCAUUUCCAACAGUACCUGAAGUCCAUAGAUCUCCUGAUAUUCUCCUGGAGCACUCUGUGCCUUCUUCCUGCCUGGUUCCUUCUGACUCCUUCAUUUUAUCAAGUGAUAAUGUGGCAACAGCUGUUCAAACAGGCAAGAGUGUGAUAAAUCCAGCUGUUCCUGAAGAACAGAUUCAAGCAGAUAUUCCAGUUGCCUCUUCAAAUGUAAUUGAAGACAAGACUUUAGCUGAUGUUGAGAUAAAGAGAACAAAUGAACCCAAGAGCUGCCUUCAACAAGCGGUUGCAAACCUCGAAAUCAAGCUUUGCAGUGCUGAGAAAGAAAAACUAAAAAUCAAACAGGAAUUGGAAUAUUUGCUGGAAAAACAUAAUGUGCUAGAAAUGGAUUUCUUGAAGGAAAAAAAAGAAAAAGUGCUUCCACAUCAAGAUCAUUACAAGACACUCCAGGAAAAGCAUAAGCAGGAAUUAGAAGACAUGAGAAAAGCUGGACAUGAAGCCCUAACUAUUAUUGUUGAAGAAUUCAAGGCACUGCUACAAUCUACAGUUCAGCAGCAAGAAGCAGCUAUUGAAAAGCAGUAUAUAUUAACCAUUGAAAAGCAUUCUCACAAAUGUGAAGACCUCCUUGAUGCUCAGCAUCAGCGACUUCUCGACAUUUUAGAAGCAGAAAAGGAAGUGUUAUCACAAAAGAUAGAAGAAGCUAUGAUGCAGCAGUCACAAAAGCACAAGGAAGUGCUGGACAAAUGUUUGGAUGAAGAAAGACAGAGAAGCAAGGAGGCUCUGGCAGCUGCUGCAAAGGCUGAAAAUGAAGUAGUGCAGAAAGCUGUUCUGAAAGCAGUAAAGGAGGAGAGGAGAAAUAUGGAGAAGACUUAUGCAGAAGAAAGAAAACUGUGGGAAGCAGAACGUGCUAGUCAUAGAGAGAAGAUUGCCCAGGCUGUUUCAGAAGCCAUGGAAGAGCAAAGAAAGCAGAAUCAGGAAAUUGUCAAGAAAGCAUUAAUGGAGGAGCAGAAACGAAGUGAAAAGGCAAUCGAAGAAGCAGUAAAAAGAACAAGAGAGGAACUGAUGGAAUAUAUUAAAGAGCAGAAGAGGGUCCAGUUCUUGCAUCCAGUUCUUGCAUCUAGUCAGGAAUUUUGCUGGGGCUUGUGCCUUCAGGCCAUGCCUUGCAUGGCUCAAAGGCACAUCAUCCUGGGUGGCCUAUGGAUAUGACUGAGCUUGAUGAAGUUGUCCGUCAGAGAAAUCUGCAUGGUUUGGAACUUUUCCUUUCAUGCGCACAGAAACAGUUAAAUGUUUUAUUAAAGGAAGAGUCAACCCCAGAGGAAAACAGAGACUGACAUUCUCAGUGGUGAUGAUACAGUGUGACUUGUGAAGUUGCAAAUCUCCAUCUAGCAAAUGAUGAAUAUAUUCCAAUCUUUUUGGAUUGUAUCAUUGAGUCAAGAUUUAUCUAAAAUGCUUGAUAGAAAUGUUUGUGGAUGAUGUUCUUCUAUUUAUUUAUUUAUUUCACUACUAUAAUCAGAUAGCAAAUACGAGAGGGAAAAACAUCCUUGGAAAAUAAUUUGUUUUAUUUAGGAUUUUUAGGAUUUUGCUUUCAUUAUAUUUUCCAGUAGCCCAUGGUAGAAAUUCUAGAUAACUGCAGCAAUGAUGAAAACAUUUCUCUGUUGUGUCUUUUAAAUUUGUUAACAUGAUUCACCAUUAUUUUUGGUAUUUCAAAACAUGGAGACAAACGUUUAGUUGAUUAUAGAUACAAGUCCAUCUCUAUUUCCAAAGUAAUAUUCCAAGGCCAUUGCCUCAGGAGAGCCUGAGUAGCUUAUUAUUUCUUACUGCUUUGAUGUCUAACAGAAGAAUCAGUACUGAAACGUAAAAGUGUUGUCAGGCAUUUCUUAAGUAAUGUAUAAACAAAUCCAGCUCUAGGAACAUGAAAAUUUAAAAAUAAAACAUUUUUAAUUUAAAAAUAAAAAAGUGCAUCUCUUUAGAGUAGCACAAAACAUUGCCAUGACCAAUGUACAGUAUGUGUUUUAUUUCUUUCUUUUAUUCUACAGAGCUAAUUCAAUUCCAAAGUAAUUUUCUCAUAAAAUUACAAUUAAUGUCACUGACCUCAGUUUCAGGAAGAUGUAUGUAAUUAUGUGGACACUGAUACUGCACUGCCUCAGUGGAAUUUCUGACUUAAAGAAUAAGGAGUAGCUUGCUGACCUCACAUGACCUUUCUAAGUGUAUCGAAGGAAGUAGAAAAACUCCCCACCAACAUUAUUGGACUUUGGGUCACUCAUAGGUCUUUCUAGUCUUGCUAACAGCAGAUGGAGUGGAAUUUCUGUGCCUACACUCUAUGGAUUGUAGAACUGGGGUCUUAGUCGUAGAAGAGCUCUGAAUGAAAUAAGGGAAAAUAAGUGUUCAUGCUUAGAUAUGUAAAUAAAUUAAGAAUGAUCUCUCUUA